AUGAAGUCCCUGGCCCUGCUUUUCCUGCUGUCUGUGGGCGCAGCCAGCGCUGCCGUCUCACCCAUGGCCAUGUGGAACCUUCGCAGCAUGAUCAAAUGCACCAUCCCGGACAGCCAUCCGCUGCUGGAAUUUGCUGAUUACGGCUGCUACUGCGGCUUGGGAGGCAGGGGAACACCAGUGGAUGAGCUUGACAGGUGCUGUCAAGCACAUGACGAAUGCUACUCGCAGGCAAAGAAACUAAAAGCAUGCAGAUACCUCGUGGACAACCCCUACACACAGUCAUACAGCUUCAGCUGCUCCAACAGUCAGAUUACGUGUAACAGCAAGAACGACGAGUGCAAGAUGUUCAUCUGCAACUGUGACCGCACGUUGGCCAUAUGCAUGGCCAAGGCGCCCUACAAUCCCGAGUACCACAGGCUGGACACCAAGAAGUACUGCAAAUAG